AGCCCUACACAAAAUGGAUGGACGUAAAAUAGUUUCUUUGACUUUUGACCAACAAAUCAAUUAUCCGAUUAUUUAAUGAGGAAUUUGUUCGAAAAAUCAAUGAAACAAAAAAGUACAUUUGAUCAACCAAUUUUACGGCCAAAACGUCAAAAUGAAUGCAAGAAAUAUUGAAGGACCCUCGAUGAUCACAAUGAUCAUCCAUGUGAAGAAAAAAGUCUUCCUCAGUCCAGCUCUUUUCACCUCCAAAUAAUCGAACGUCUUCCCUCGUCGAUCGUUCCUGGUGAUUUUAGAUUGUAAUUUUUUAACGGAAAUAACACGUCACGUGACUUCGCUUGCCGUCAACAGCGGCGCAUCCGUGUUAAGCCACGCCCCCUCACCUCACCUGCCGGACUUCGUCGAGAGAAAGAAAAGAAAACAUGAGCCAAGCCGGCUACAAAACCGUCGAGGAACAUUCUGGACGAAUGUCGCCACGCUUGGCCCUGGUCCACUUAAACGUGGGCGGCGAAAGGUUCUGCACCAGCGUCGGCACGCUCACGAAGUUCCCCGAGUCCAAGCUGGCCGAAUGGUUCAGCGGACCCCCGAAACUCCCCAAGGACUCGCAGGGACAUUACUUCCUGGACCGCGACGGCGAACACUUUGGGGCCGUCCUGGAGUUCCUCAGGUCCGAGCGAGUGCCCGUCUGCAAUAUUCCGCAGGUUCACAAGGAGUCGGUGCGCUACAACAUCACGGCGCUGACCAAGCGUUUGGAGGAGAGUCCCGAGCUGUUUGGCGAGAUGGUGGGCAGGCAGCAGUUCCUGGCCAGGGUUCCGCACUACAAGGAGAACAUCGAGGAAACGGAUCCGUUGCUCCCUCGCUCGCUCGCUCGCUGGCUAGCUGCAGAAAAUAGAUCGAUUCUUUCCGACUCUCGGAAAUGCUUCCCUUCUUCCUCUGGCAAACGGAUGACUUCAUCCCUUUUCCAGGAAACGGAUCACUUCCUUCUACCUCCUGGGAAUAGACCAUUCUUUUUUCCCUCCCAGGAAACAGAUGACCUCCUUUUUAAUCAUGGAGAGAGAUCAGUUCCUCCUUCCUUUCCAGGUUUUGCAAGUCGCAAAAGAAGAAGAAGAAGAAGAAGAGAGAGAGUCAGGGCCAAGGAUGGCGAAAAGAGAUCACUCCCUUCUUCCCUCACUGGAAAGCAACUCCUCGUCUUCCUUUUCCAGGCUAAAUGGAUCACUCGCUUCUUGGUCCAGGAAAAAGACCACUUUCUUGUUCCUCCUCGACAAGAGAGAGAGAAUGGUCGCUUCUUCGUCCGGGAAACCGAUCCCUUCUUUUGUUCCAACAGGAAACAGAUGAGUUCCUCUCGACGAGGGGAAUAUUGACGUCGGGGGGGGGGGGGGGGGUGCAUGUUUGAAAGUCUUCAAAACGGCUGAGUUAGUUUUUGUCUAGGUUCUGAUCCGCAUCGCCCGUGCUGAGGCGGUGGCUUCCCGCCGCUCUACCAUCGUCAUCUGCGUUCUGCGGACGGAGGAGGACUUGGGUUGCUACGACGGCGCCAUGAGCAGCCUGCGGGCCGACAAGGACUCGGUGGUG